AUGGCACAAAUGCCUGCAGUUACAGUAAAACAUCUGAAUAUUUCUGUUCUGUUCAGUCAGUUCAGUUCAGCGAGCAGCGACGGAGCGUCAGAAGCUGCCGGCUCUGCUCAGAAUGCCAGGAAUCUUCUCGGCACGCUAACAGAAGAAGCUCCGAGCUGGAGGACAAGCGUGAACACGGAACACAAAGACCGACACCUGGAACCUUUCAGGAACCCCGAAAAGGAGGGCAUCAGACCCCAUAAAGGAGGGCAUCAAACCCACCAUAAAGGAGGGCAUCAGAUCUCAAAAAGCGUGAACACGGAACACAGAGACCGACCUCAGGAACCUCACAGGAACCGUCCAGCUGAGAAUCUGGGAUCCGUUGGUGUUUGUUGGCGCUGCCCACCUUGCAGGGUGAGAGUGAUGGAGCGACUCUGGUUGUGCGCUCUGUUUUGGAUCGGCCUGCCAACCUGCGUGAUGACUGCGGUCCCCCUUCAGGACUUUUAUCCGUUCGGCCGGGAGCACGGGGACCUGCAGACCAUGCGCCAGGACGACGGAGGGUCCGGGCUGGUGGAGAUCUCGGCGGCGUUUCCUUUCUUCGGGGAUCGGCACAUGGGGCUCUACGUCAACAACAAUGGCCUGGUGUCCUUCCUCAGAGAGGUCUCCCAGUUCACCCCGGUGGCCUUCCCAAUCGCAGGAGACCGGAGGGUGGUGGCUCCAUUCUGGGCCGACGUGGACAACCGGCGAGCAGGGACGGUGUUGUACAGAGAGAGCCAAGAUCCUGCUAUUCUGACUAGAGCUACAGAAGAUAUCCACCACUACUUCUCAGAGUUCCAAACGUUCGUGGCGACCUGGGUCCUGAUCGCCACUUGGCAUCAGGUCACGUUCUUUGGCGGGAGCUCUGAGACUCCGGUGAACACGUUCCAGGUGGUGCUCAUCACCGACGGUGAGAUCUCCUUUACCAUCUUUCAGUAUCACAACAUCACGUGGACCACAGGAAUGCACGCCAGCAGUGGGGGCGAUCGCUCCGGACUGGGGGGCAUCGCUGCACAGGCAGGUUUUAACGCCGGUGACGGGAAGCGCUAUUUCAACAUACCCGGUUCUCGGACCGAUGACGUGGUAAAGGUGGAGGCCACCACGAACGUGGGAUUUCCCGGCCGCUGGGUAUUUCGUAUCGACGACGCCCAGGUGCAAGUGGGCAGCUGCAACGACUCGGCGGCGGUGUGCCCACAUCUGAGACCGUGUCUGAACCGAGGCCACUGCAUCGAUGACUGCAUGACCGGAAACCCCUCGUUCACCUGCUCGUGCUUGGCGGGCUUCACCGGCCACAGGUGCCAGAUAGAUGUUGACGAGUGUUCCUCGUCGCCCUGUCAGAACGGAGGCACGUGUACAGACCGGGUCAACGCGUUCGCUUGCCGGUGCCCGGCGGGAUUCAGCGGAGCUCGCUGUGAGACGGACGUUGACGAGUGCCAGGAGAAUCCAUGCCUGAAUGGUGCGAGAUGCAUCCAGGGUUCAGGCAGCUACACCUGCGAGUGCCAGCCGGGUUACACAGGUCCUCUGUGUGAGACAGAGAUUAACGAGUGUGAGUCGACGCCGUGUCUGAAUGGAGGUGUUUGUGAGGACCAGGUCAAUAACUACACCUGUACCUGCACCGCAAACUUCACUGGAAGCCACUGUGAGACAGAGCUAGUGAUGGUGACCAACUCCUCUACUGCUAAUCACACAGAUGUUUGUGAGGGAGGAAGCUGCCGACAGACCUGCAAGCUCGACGACUCCGGGAACUUCAGCUGCACCUGCAGACCAGGUUACUACGGAGACGACUGCGAAGAAGAGUGUCUGUGUCAGAACGGAGGAGUGUGUGUGGAUGUGAACGGAACCUGUGAGUGUCCCACCGGAUUCACCGGGAUCUACUGUCAGUUUGAAGUGACCCAGACGCCGUGCAGUAACAGCAGGCCGUGUCCAGAUGGAGGUCCGUGUUUGGAAUAUGGUGGUACUUAUCUCUGCACCUGCCAGACUGGCCAUGAUUUCGACCACGACCACAAAGAUUUCUACCCUUAUGUACAGCCCCGAUCGGUCUGCGAUUCGUCGCCGUGUCAGAAUGACGGUUACUGCUACGAGCAGGACGACGGCUACGUCUGCGAGUGCAAGCCGGGCUACAGAGGGGAACGCUGUGAGAAAGUCAGAUUAAGUAUCUGUGGCUCCAACCCCUGCCGAAAUGGAGGGUCCUGCAAGGAGGAGGCGGGGGGGUAUUGGUGCGCCUGUCCCUACAGGUUCACGGGGAAGCACUGUGAAGUGGGAAAGCCGGACCCGUGUUCCUCCAGUCCGUGUAUGAAUGGUGGGACGUGUUUCCAUUACAUCGGCAAGUACAAGUGCGAGUGCUCAGGAUCCUUCAUGGGGAGGCACUGUGAGAUCAGCAGAGGUUCCGCUCCGGCGCUUGACGGUAAAGACUGUGGCCCCCCUCCUAAAGUGAAGCACGCAGAGGUGCAGUUUCCGGACACCCGUCCGGGCUCCGUGGCGCUGUACACGUGCCACCCGGGUUACGCCCCGAAUCCCAGAGCCGUACCGAGCGUGUGCAGCAGCCAGGGCGUGUGGAGUCAGACGCCAGUCUGUGAUGAAAUAAACGAGUGCUCGUCUCAGCCCUGUAUGAACGGCGGAACAUGUCGAGACCGCCUGGCCUCCUUCCUGUGCGAGUGUGAACCCAGAUUUACCGGCCAGCGCUGCCAGACAGAGCAGGACGGAUGCGAGUCGAACCCGUGUCUGAACGGAGGGGUGUGUCGCGGCUACAGGAGGACCCUCGUGUGCGUGUGUAAGGACGGCUACGCCGGCAACCGCUGCCAAACGCUGGAGAACCCGUGUGUACUGCAGCCGUGCGGGAACCGAGGUGUGUGUCGCAGUGACAGGAGAGGAAACUACACCUGUACCUGCAGGGUGGGGCACACAGGCCGGGACUGUGAGAAAGGGCUCCUGCCUCCAUCCGGUCUGCAUGUGCUGAGGGUGGAGGAGAGCGAGGUGGAGCUCCGCUGGGAUCAAAGCGACGCCACGCAGAACCUGAUCAGCGGUUUCGCCGUCACCUACGCCCCGAUCGGGCGGAGCCCGCGCAAGACGGAUUUCCUGGAGAGGCAGCACUCCACCUUCGUCCUGCAGGGUCUGAGCCCGGGUCAGCUCUACAACAUCUCCACCUACUCGGUCAGACGCAACGGCAACAGCAACGACAUCAGCCAGCCCGCCUUCGCCCUCGUACGCACACGGCCGCGGAAGGUGGAGCAUCUGCAGGUGAUGAACGUCUCCUCCUCUCAGGUGUGGCUACGCUGGGUGUUACAGACCGGCUGGCAGGCCGCCGUUGACCUGGUGAGGGUGUCGCUGGUGCCGUCGGACGGGAGCGGCGCCCGCCCUUCAGUCCUCAAUGCGAGCGUGACGAACUAUAGCUUCAGCUCUCUCCUUCCGGCUAAGAUGUACAUUGUAGACGUGCUCACACAGAGUGGAGAACGUCCUGAAGAUCUGCCCUCCACCAGCCACUCCGCCGGACCCCUUCACUUCUGGACAAGACCGCUGCCCCCUCAGAACCUCUCCCUCUCCCACGUGAGCUCCACCUCGGCUCGGGUGACGUGGGGUCGACACCCUCGCAGCGUCCCCGACGGCUUCGUGGUGAACGUGACGCGCGGCCUCAGCACCCGGAGUCGCUACCUCCCCGACGGCACCACGGGCACCUACACCAUACGAGACCUGAACCCCGGGCAGCACUAUCGCCUCGCCCUGACCGCCGUGCACAACACGGGCGCCGAGCAGAUCCACAGCGCCGCCCAGCACCUGGCCUUCACCACAGCGCCCCUGGAGGAACCACGGGGGAAACCCGACAGACCUCAGGAGGGUCGGGACACCUCCAGCAGGGUCACCGUGCCCCGCCCCAAAAUACAGCACACGGGCGGCGAUACAGACCGGGAACACCCAGAGGAACCGCCCAGAUACACAGAGCUGAUCGACGGGCGUGGGAGGAUAACGGCCAAAUUCACCAACCCGGCCCGUAAAAGCAUUCGCCACCGCACAAAACCUGAAGCUCCGGUUAAAUUAGAGAGAAUAGAAGAAACAACCAACAGGAUCAGCCUGGCUCUGGAGAUCCCGGAGGAAGCGACCAGGAGGAAAAGUGAGUCUCAGCGUGACUGCAGGACUCAGUCGUGUCAGAAUGGAGGAACGUGUGUCCCGAGUGGAGACUCGUACAGCUGUGAAUGUCCGGCCGGCUUUAAAGGACGACAGUGCGAGCUGUACUGUCAGCGAAUACGACACCCGUGUACCCGCCUGUACUCCGAAACCAAGAGCGUACCCGUGUGGGAGGAUGGAGUCUGUCAUUAUCUAUACAAACGAACGUAUAAGGUACAGCAGGACUUUUGUUUUAGAGAGAUCUGUGAGCCUGUGCUUCAAAGGAAAAACUCUAGUCGCAGAACUCAAAGGCAGCAGUAAAGGAAGUCGUAACACAGACUCAUCUCGGUACAGAACAUCGCUCGUAUCCCACCAGGUCCCGUCCACCCCGUCGGUUCUCCUGGAUCAGACAGCAUACCUCAGACGUUAGGGUUCGGUCAUUCUGAUGCUACGUUGCGGCCGUGUGGUCCCUCAGGGAAAUUCCUUUCAAAACUGACCCCUCAAUAACCGGAGCAGCUCAGUUUCCUCCUCACCCAGUCGAGAAGAACCCAGACCAGUACUGGAAGUGUCUCAGAUCUUCACCAGCUCUCCUGUAAAUAGUGUAUAGAUGCAUUUUGUAGGUGAAUAUUUUAAUAAUAAAGAGAU